GAAGUGAAAACUCAGCAACAAUGGUGCUCUCUGGCCCCAACAAACAGGUCAUAGAAGAACUUGGCAUCCAGAUAAAGGCAAAUGCUGAAGCUUGGGGAGCAGAUGCUUUAGCCAGAUUGUUUGAGAUCCACCCCCAAGCUAAGACGUACUUCCCGAAAUUCAAUGGCUACAAAGCCUCUGACCCAGCCGUCAGAAAACAUGGUUGCCUAGUAAUGAAGGCUGUGGCGGAUGCAGCCCAGAACGUGGACAACCUGAGUAAACACCUGGAAAGUCUUGCCAAGAAACAUGGUGAAGAACUUCUUGUGGAUCCUCACAACUUUCAGCUGUUGGCUGAUUGUAUCGCAGUCACCCUGGCCAUUCACUUGCCAGCAUUCUCCCCUGCAACUCAAUGUGCGGUCGAUAAAUUCCUUGAGUUGCUUGCUCAUGAAUUGAGCUCCAAGUACCGUUAA